CAGCGUGCUCAUUCAGUGGACGUGCUCGGAGUGGUCAAAUCAUGCUAAUUGUUUUGGAGCAGGAGCGAGCCUUACACCCAAGAUGAAGACAGGGAGAGGGGCAUCCUCCAAAGCAUUGGCUGCGCCUUCGCUUUUGCUCAUCUGGUGUGCGGUUGUCACUCUCAAAUCAGGGGAGGUGGGCUCGGUGAACAUCACCACGCUGGGCACCCUGAUCCGCGGCGUGGUGGGCGGCGAGGCCCUCCUGUCCGUGCGCUACGCCAGUGCCAGCAUGGACCCUCCGGUCAUUAAGUGGCAGCUGAAGAAGGACAAGCCCAUCACCGUGGUGCAGUCCAUCGGCACGGAGAUCAUCGGGAACCUGCGGCCCGAGUACCGCGACCGCAUCCUGGUCUUCGAGAACGGCACCCUGCUGCUGCACAACCUGCGGCUGUCGGACGAGGGCGCCUACGAGGUGGAGAUCUCCAUCACGGACGACACCUUCACCGGGGAGGGGAGCAUCGACCUCACGGUGGACGAGCCAAUCUCCAGACCUUAUGUGCAUGUGGAAUCCUCCCAGGUCCUGGAGCUGACAGACCAUUUCAUGAUGACCUGCAGUCAUGACACCGGAACAAAGACUAUUUACAGCUGGUUCAAGGGGGACAAGCCUCUGUCCAAUGAGACGCGGCUCGUCUUGUCACCUGAUCAGAAGGUUCUGACCAUCAUCCGGGUGCUGAUGGCCGACGAUGACAUCUACAGUUGUCAUGUGGAGAACCCCAUUGGGAGCAUGAAGAGCUUGCCCAUCAAACUCACCGUCUACAAAAGGAGUUCCCUCUACAUAAUACUAUCCACUGGGGGUAUUUUUCUCCUCAUCACCCUUGUGACUGUGUGUGCCUGCUGGAAACCCACCAAAAAAUCCAAAAGGAAACGUAAAAACUUGGAGAAAAAAAGAUCACUGGAUGAAGAAAGCCAUACUAGUCACGAGGACGACAAGAGUGAAAAUAAUGGCAUUCCUAAAAAAAUGACUGAUCAUGAGCGUAGGAACCCAGUCUCACUCUACAUCCUGAAAGAAAAGGGAUCUAGCGGCAGUGCUCCAGGCUCUCCAUGCACAACUUGCAUCUCCUCCAACGGUAGCACCCGCUCUGCCUACAACGGAUUCCUGCCCGUGCCCCAGCGCUCCCCAGAACGGCCAUCGCGCUCCUCUCGCAGGUACCCCCGUACCCCGACCAACUCGCCCCCUGCCAACCCCCGCAAGAGGCAAGGCCAGAGCCCUCCAGCCACUGCCUCGGCCUCCCCGGCACGGAGCCGAAGCUCCAGCCGCUCCGAGAAGACACCGAAGGGGUCUCCCCUCGCCUCCCAGCAGCCCCAGGACAAGGCUGAACCUGCAUCCGAACCUACCACCAUCACCACCACCACCACCACUACCACUCCCACCACCACCUCCUCCUCCACUGCCACAAAACCGUGAAUCUCCUCCCUCUGUCUGUCAACAUCAUGCUGCACAACCUCAACACAUCUGGACAGGACGCUGUACAAAAGUGACUUUUGUUUAUGUACUGUAUAUAAAGCUACUUUGCUGUGAGGGGUGGUUUGAUUUACAUUUUCCAGCAUUACACUGGAAUUCUGCCAUAGUAGAAAAAAAUACCGGAGGCCAUUUGUUUGAAAAAGGAGACAGAACUUGCAAGGUGGACUUACACAAGAACAAAGAGGUGCAGAAAGAUUGCCAUUGCUUCUGAUGCCAAUAUUUACUGUUUAUACUAUGAACUAUUACAACAUUGAACUCUUGAUUUAAACAUUGUAUGUCAAAAUUAUCCAGAUUAAGAACCUUUAUCAGCAAAUUAUUAAUCAAAUGACAACGACUAGGCAGGCAAUGAAAUAAGUUGAAGGAUAUCUCGCGUUGUGUUUUAUACAAGAUGCAUAUAGCACAAUAAACUUUGGACUUAUGAAAGAGCAGACAGAAAUUAUUAUUAUGUUGUUUAAUAGUGCCUGGUUGUCUGCAGAAUCAACUUGUGGUUUCCAAAUUAGAGCCUUAUACUGAAAAUCCACAGAAGACAGUCAUGAAAAUGUUAGUGUUUUUGGACCAAAUGUAAAAUAUUAUUAUAUGUACAUAAAAAAAUAUUAUCUUAUUUGAUUUUUCUUUUUUGAUUAAUACUGGUAUGUUCUGUUUUUUUACACAAAUAAUAG